AUGGAAAAAGAUCAUUUAUUACCAUUACCACCAUCAUCAAUUGAAUCAACUGAUGAUGAAUCCGAUUUUGCCGUCGAUUCGGACGACGAAAUUAUUGAAAAUGUUAUACAGAUGCUCGACAAUGUUAUGGAUAUAACAAAUCUUACCGACGAAUCGCAAGAUGAAGCAGAAGAACAGUCACCAAUUGGCCUGUCAAAGUCUUCUAUUUCGGAUCCAGCACCUGUGGUGUCUCAACCAAAAAAUUCUUCUGUUGGCAACGAUAAAUCGUUCCAAAAUGCUUCUUCAAAACGUCGUUCUUGGACUGUGAAAGAAAAAUUAAUUGCUAUUAAAUAUUUUAAACAAUGCAAAAACAUUUCCGAAGUUUGCUGGCAUCGACAUUGUGAUCGAAAACAGUUACGACAAUGGUUAAAAAACGAAGCUCAACUGGUUCUGCUGAUGAAAGAAAAUAAUGGGAAAAACCUGAAACGUAUGAAAGGUCGCGGUGCAAAGAUUCGUUAUCAAGAGCUUGAUCGACAGCUGAUCCAAUGGUUCAAAUCAAAACGAACGAAAACCAACGAUGAACAAUCAAACGAACCAAUCGAAAUAAAAAAAGAACGAAUCACAUUCAAAAAUUUGGUACGUCAAGGUGAAAAGAUAUCUGUUUCCUUAAAGAUUCAACCUUAUCCAUCACAAAAGUGGUUUCGUCGUUUUAUGAAACGACAUCGUUUGUCAUUACAGAAACCAAAAAGACAGCAAAAGAUUUCUCUUGUCGAAGCUCAUUGUAGAGCUACUGAGUUUUUAACGUUUGUAAGAAAGAGUGCUUCUCGUGUUCUAAAUAUAGGUGUGUUAGGAUCAUUUCCUGAUCGAGAUAUUUGCAAUAUGGAUGAGAGUCCGCUUGCCUUGUUCGGCGAUCAAAGUAAAGCUAGCAUCAAUUAUAUGAACACGCCAAAUGAGGUUGAAGGUUGUUUGGAUAAUAAAAGAUUCUGCACUUUGGUAUUAACUGUUUUUGGCGAAGACAAUCGAGUAGCACCAGUUUUAAUUUUUAAAGGAAAAGGACAAGUAUUUGAGCGAGAAAAGAAAUAUUAUGAUAAGGAUAUCAAGGUCUAUUUUAGUCCUACUGCUUAUAUGAAUUCAUCUAUUAUGAAAAGUUAUAGCGAGUAUUGGUUUAGUAAAACGAGAGAUGGUCGACCAAAAAUGAUUGUUACAGAUUCUUGUAAGUCUCACUUGACUGAAGAAGUGAAAAAUUCAUUCAAACGAAAUGGUGUAGUCUUAGGAAUAAUUCCAGGUGGAAUUACACAGUACAUUCAAGUUCUGGAUGUGUUUGUGUUUAGUGUCUACAAGACACAUUAUUGUGAUGCUGCUGAAGAAUGGAUCGAAGUGAAUGGACCAAGAUCUAGCAUUAAACUUAGCUCUUCACAGCAAAGAAUACUGUGCACUCGUUUAGCGAGCACGGCUUGGAAACGAACAUUAGGAAGUGUUAAUUUUUCUCAAAGCUUUCGAGAUUUAGGCUACACUUGGAAUGACAAGAGCAUAGUGACAAUUAAAUCUUUACCAGGUUAUUCUUUCGAUCCAGAAUCUAUAGAUUCCGAAGAGUAUGUAGAGAAUGCAAGUAGUUUAAUAGAAAAAGUUGAUGAAAUAAUUGAUAUGCAGCCGAUCAAAGCUUUAAAACAGGGUACAUUACUUUCAUUUUGGAAAAAAUAA